CCCGUAGGCCCCUUUCCCGGCUUCCUCCGCGGCGUUCCCACGCCGACGUUCCGGGUGUUUUGCUGAGAUCUAGGUGGCCUCACUCUUCCCGUCAGCAAGCCACCGAGGCAAUGGCAGCCCAGAAGAUAAACGAAGGGCUGGAGCAUCUGGCCAAGGCAGAGAAGUACCUGAAAACUGGUCUUUUGAAGUGGAAGCCAGAUUAUGACAGCGCUGCUUCUGAAUAUGGAAAAGCAGCUGUUGCUUUUAAAAAUGCCAAACAAUUUGAGCAAGCAAAAGACGCCUGCCUACGGGAAGCUGUUGCCCAUGAAAAUAACAGGGCUCUUUUCCAUGCUGCCAAAGCUUAUGAGCAAGCUGGCAUGAUGUUGAAGGAGAUGCAGAAGCUGCCCGAGGCCGUGCAGCUGAUCGAGAAAGCCAGCAUGAUGUACCUGGAGAACGGCACCCCUGACACGGCCGCUAUGGCCUUGGAGCGAGCUGGGAAGCUCAUAGAAAAUGUAGAUCCAGAGAAGGCCGUACAGUUGUAUCAGCAGACUGCGAAUGUGUUUGAAAAUGAGGAGCGCCUCCGACAGGCAGUCGAACUCCUAGGAAAGGCCUCCAGACUGCUGGUCCGAGGACGGAGGUUUGAUGAAGCUGCACUGUCUAUUCAGAAAGAAAAAAAUAUUUAUAAGGAAAUUGAGAACUACCCAACUUGUUAUAAGAAAACAAUCGCUCAGGUCUUAGUUCACCUGCACAGAAAUGACUAUGUGGCUGCAGAGAGGUGCGUCAGGGAGAGCCACAGUAUACCGGGCUUCAAUGGCAGUGAAGACUGUGCGGCGCUGGAACAGCUCCUGGAGGGAUAUGACCAGCAAGACCAAGACCAAGUAUCCGAGGUCUGCAACUCGCCCCUUUUCAAGUACAUGGACAAUGAUUAUGCCAAGCUGGGCCUGAGCUUGGUUGUCCCAGGAGGAGGAAUCAAGAAGAAAUCCCCAGCAACACCACAGGCCAAGCCUGAUGGCGCUGCAGGCACGGCUGCCGAAGAGGAGGAAGACGAGUACUCGGGAGGCCUGUGCUAGUGCCCUGCCUGCAGACACAGAAGGCGGGAAUCCUCACACGCCAUUUUCAUGGAAUUAGGACUUAUUUUGUGGGCAUCUCUCUGCUUCACUGAUAUUCUGAUGUUGAAUGUUAAUAUAUACAAAGUUUUAGUUUACCAUUGCCCCCAAACCAACCAUUGUAUUUACUACCUGUGAAGCAGUCUUUCUUUUCUGUGUAAGCAGAAAAUACAGUCAUAUUUUAAUAAUUGAUUUUAAUAUGUAUAGGCCAAAUUCCAGACAAAUUCUAUCAUAAGCAAAGCAGAAAGUAGGUACACUCAGUCUUUUCUCUUGAGUUUUGGUAAUUUAUUGUUAGAUAAUUUUCUUUCAUUUUAUUUAAUGUCACUUCUAAAUGUGCUGGGGUUUUGGUAAAAAUAAUAAUUUCAAACUGGGCUGGUUCUUUCCACAAUCUUUCCACUUUGCCACUUGGUGCCCACGCAUGUCCCUGCUAAGAGCGUCAACAAUGCCAAAAAGAGAGGCAGACAGCAGGUCCUCAGCAGACGCUCCUGUAGAAUCGUAGAAUCAUCAUCUAGUCUGUCUAGAUGUCUGACUGUGGAGAUGGUGCAUGGUUGCACCUUACGAUGCUGAUAUGACAUUGAUGAUUACAGAGCGGGACUGUGGUUGUCCCCUCCUGGGCUGUUUACAUGCGUGUGGAAUCUCCAGCCCAGAUUGAUGUGUGACUCAGUGACCUAGAAGUGGCACUGCUAGCUCUGCCCAUCCUGUCUGUCCUCUGUUGCAUUGCACCCUGAGCCUUGCAGGCAUCAUGGACCAUGAAGAUGCAGAACAGAAACACAGGAGGAAAACCCCGGGACUCUCGCUCUAGGGAUAUAGAAUAUAAGAGUAAACAACAUACUGCAGUGGAGGGACGCCUGGUCUCAAGGUGAAAAGGAAAUUUAUCUGUCAUCAUAUUAGAUACAUUCAAAUUAUUGAGUCUUUUCAGAAGCAAGCUUGGGACAAAAGCUUUAUAAUAUUUAGCUCAAUAGUCCUUACAUGUGGCUAUAAAAUAGAAGGUAGCAUAUUAAAGUACUGUUGUAAAUGUCUUCAGCUCUCCCUCAGGUAUUGCUACUUAUCUUUUUUUUAACAACAAUAAAAAGUAUGACUGUGUUCAAGUCUACUUAGCUCUUGACCAAAAUGGGACUAGGUAAGACUAUUUCUAGAAUGCCAGGUAAUGUUCCUGCCAAUCUAGUGUGCAUGCAUUUCUUACCUCCCAAAUAAUUUUGGUUUGGAGUUAAUUUAACAUGAGUUAUGCUAGAUACUACAAAAAAUAAAAAGUUAGCCAAGAGGGAAAAAGUGGUUUUGAAAGACAUUUUGGACUGGGUUAUCAAUUUUUCAUACCUCAUAGACCUCCCAUGGUUAUUUCCUAAUAGUUUGAAGCAUUCCUCUUUUUGCCUUGCAUGGCUUGGUGCACUGAAGAGGUUGCAAGCAGCAGCAGUGUGUGCUAGGAGGUGGUGCUGACCAGAAGAGGACUGCUACCACACUCUGCCAUGAAUAAAGGAUGCGUAGUCUUGCUAGAUUUCCGAAACCCAGGAAAAGCAUUGUUACGGUACUGGGCCCAGUGUUGUGGGUGUGCUUGAGUGGGUGGAUGUCACUGAACAAUCCCUGUGCAGAGUGCAGGUCUGAUAUAAAACACUGAUAGGAGUUUAUGCUUUGCCUUAAGUUACCUGCAUAGAUCUUUGGGUCACCAGCUCACUCUCCUUAAUUGCACUGAGAUUAUGAAUAAAGCUGUAUUCUGAAUUUUUAAUUUAAAAAGGACAUUGGUUAUUUCCAAGAUCAAUGUUAUGUUUACCUUUAGAUCCAACCAGAAAUGUUGGUCCUUGUUUGAGUGAAUUAGCAGACUUUUAAAAUAUAUUUGGCAGUACUCAAAAGUUACUUUAGACUGUUUAAUAUCUCAGGUUAUUCAAUAAAACCAUGUGGAGGGUCAAUUUUACUUGUACAUACCAUAAACAAAACAGCAGGUACCAGUGCACUGUGGAGCAGCAGUGAGCUUGGUUUUAAGCAGCAGAGGUAUUCAGGCAGGGCCCACCUCCCACCACCCCCAUUAGGAACCAGCAUGCAAGAUUCAGAGCACCGUUUUUCUGUCAGGGUUAUUCUGCGUGGCAUCUCAGCAGGAACGUUUAUUCCACACAUUCACAAUUUAUUUUUCUACUUGCAUUAAGUCUCCGUUCUUGUGAGAAGUGGAAAUAGUCGCCUUUACAGCAAGCAGACCUCUAGCACCCUCCCUUUGAAAGUGCAAGUCUGCAUGAGUCUGCUCAGAAUCCUUAGUGUUUAGUGCUGUUCUGGAGUGGAGAAGUCAGCCAACAGAGCACAUUUAAUAUAUUGAAUUUGUACAUAUGCAGAGUAUAGUAUUUGUGUAUAGAAUCUGUGCAUUAUCAUAUUUUUUUCAGCUUUUUGGUGAAUAAAAUAUCAAUAUGUCGUCAAUGGAAAUUAGAUGAUUGCUUCUGAAGAAGCAAUCUUCUGAAGAUAAUUAUGAAAAUAAAACCCAAGACUAUG